AUGAAGGGCAAUACUUGGUCUUUGGCUGGCAUACCAGUGGCCACUUCUGCAGGACCUAUUGGCAAGGAAUUCAUCACAGCCUUCAUGCAAAAUUACCAGUUAGACUAUACUAAGGCUGAAUUUCAGCUUUUCAUCUCUGGCAACUUACCGCUCACUACUGUUAACGUCGCAGUCUAUAAAUCCAGAUUCCAGCUUCAGUUCUCUCUUCCCCCAGGACAGACCACAUUAGUGAAGAUCCCUGCUUAUGCAGAGAUGUUUGGCACCAUUAAAUUCUGCCACACUGUCUUGGUGACAGCCAAUCAAAAUAUCUCUGUGGUGGCCUUGAGCUCAAAGAAAAAUUCAGCUGACACCACAGUUGUCUAUCCUAUCCAGAGUCUAGGAUUGGAGUACUAUGUUCUCACACCUUUGGGAGAAAUCUCCAGAAUGUACAAGGAGUUCUCUGUCAUUGCAUGGCAUACUCACACUGAAGUAGAGAUCCAUCUCAAGGGAAGUGUGAGAUUCCAAAACCGCAUUUAUCCUGCAGGCAGCAAGCUGCAUGUUAUCCUUCUACCCUACGAAGCCAUCCAGCUUCAGAGCCACCAAGAUCUCUCUGGCACAUUUGUCAGAGCAACACACCCAGUAGCAGUGCUAAGUGGGCACAGCUGUGCUCAGAAGAACACCAACUGUAAUCAUGUGGUAGAACAACUGCUACCAGUGCCAAGCUGGGGCCGGUCCUUCUUUAUUCUUCCUAUUUCCUUCCAAACUCAAUAUGAUAUUGCAUAUAUAAUAACCUCCCAGAUGACCAGAGUCACCUAUAUCUCUGGUAGCAUCCAGAACAUUUAUGACCUCAAGCCUGGACAGAUACUUCUGCUGAAAGUCACACAAUCAAAACCCAUCUACAUCACAGCCAAUGUUGGCAUCCAGGUCUUCUUUUUCUGCACUGGUGAUACCCAUUCUGGUCGCACGUUUGACCCCUUCUUUCUGACCAUCCCUGAUAUUCUCAGCUAUUGCACGUCCUACUCUUUUCAGAGCCAGGUGGGCUUUGAGAAUUAUGCACUCAUCAUUGCUAAGACUGCUGCUGCUAAUGGGAUCACUGUGGAUGGGAAUUCAUUGGGAGGUGUCUCUUGGAAACAGAUUACAGGAACAGAAUAUUCAUGGAGCGAGUAUAGCCUUGGGAAGGAAGGACGUACCCAUUCCAUAGCCCAUCCAAACACCCCCUUUAGCUUGCUAAGUGUUGGCAUUGCUGAUAGGAAUGGCUAUGGAGCAGUAGGAGUCUGCCAAAAGGUUCAACCUGUUCCCAAAGCUUCCUGCAGUUCCAUGAAAUGCCGGAAGAAGGAGACUUGCCAAAUACAAAAUGGCAAGACGGUGUGUGUGCCUCAGUCUACUGCCAUUUGCUGGGCCGUGGGUGACCCACAUUAUCGGACAUUUGACAUGCAGAAAUACGACUUCAUGGGCACCUGUACCUAUACCAUAGCCAAGACCUGUGGACCAGACACAACUCUCCCAGCCUUCCACAUUACCAUCAAAAAUGAGAAUCGGGGCCAGAAGAGUGUGUCCUAUGUUGGACUGGUGAUGAUCCAGGUCUACGGAUAUGACAUAGCGGUAGCCAGAAAGGAGUAUGGAUUUGUCAGGGUGAAUAACCAGCGCUCCCGACUGCCUGUCUCCCUGCUCAAGGGGAAAGUAUGGCUCUUCCAAAGUGGGACUUCUGUCAUAAUUAAGGCGGACUUUUCACUGACGGUGUCCUACAACUGGAACAGCGGCUUUGCAGUGAAGAUCUCCAGUAGUUUCUUUGAGAAUGUUUGUGGCCUGUGUGGUGACUAUAAUGGAAAACCUGCUGAUGACUUCAGGACCCCCAGUGGAUCCUUGGCCCCAGGUCCUGUGGAAUUUGGGCAGAGUUGGAAAGUGGAGGAUGGAGACCCAUUGUGCUGGAGUGACUGCCAUGGACAAUGUAAGAAUAUCCCUGGGGAAAAGCUGAUUAAAUACAGAGGUGAAACUUUUUGUGGCUGGAUCAGCAAAAAAGAAGGUGGCCCAUUCAGAAAUUGCCAUUCCUUGGUUGAUCCUGACAUCUUUGUGGAAAAUUGUGCCUAUGACCUCUUUGUCUAUGAAGGCCAUAGAGAGAUUUUGUGUCAAGCGCUGAAGAGCUAUGUAGAUGCCUGCCAGCAAGAAGGUGGAGUUGUGUUUGACUGGAGGAACCUCACCGGAUGCCCUUUAUUCUGCCCUGAGAACAGCCUCUAUAAAGUCUGUGGGUCACCCUGUCCUGCCACUUGCAGUAAUCAAGACCUUCCAUCCCACUGUUCUUCUUCACAAUGCGUGGAGUCUUGCCAGUGUAAGGAUGGCUUUGUGAUGGAUGCUGGGAAAUGCAUCCCACCAGCUGCCUGUGGCUGUCUUUUUGAGGGUCGCCUCUUGGCUCCCAAUGAGCAGAUCUGGAGAGACAGCACGUGCACGAAGCGCUGCUCCUGCGAUCCGCAGACCAAGAAUGUGAAGUGCCAGGCCACCGCGUGCAGGCAGAAAGAGCAAUGUCAGGUGAAGAACGGCAUCCAGGACUGCUAUCCAGUGAGCUACAGCACAUGUUCUGCCAUUGGUCACUCCCAUUAUCAUGGCUUCGAUGGACACAGUUUUAACUUCCAGGGCACCUGUCUCUACACGUUUGCUGGGCUGAGUAAGAAGAGCCAAGGUUUGGUUGAUUUCCAGAUUUUGGUCCAGAACUUACAUCGUGGGGGCUGGUCCAGCACCCCUAAAAGGGUGGUCAAGAUUGAAAUCUACAGCCUGCAGAUAAUUGUCAGUUGGGCUUAUCGGGGCAGAAUUAUGAUUAAUGGCCAGCUGACCAACUUACCCUACAAGGUGGGCCCAGAUCAAAUUAUCAUCUACCAAAAGGGUUGGAACACUGUGAUCCAGGCAGAUUUUGGCCUCAUGGUUACCUUCAACUGGCAGAGUCAUCUCACGGUCACUGUGCCAACAACUUACCAAGGUGCUCUGAGUGGACUCUGUGGCAACUUCAAUGGAGAUAAAAACGAUGACAUGACAUUGAUUAGUGGUGGGCAAGCCACCAACCUGACAGCUUUUGGCCAGCUCUGGAAAGUGGCUGAGGUCACUGGCUGUGGAGAAGUAGGCCCAAAGGUGUGUCCAGACUUGCAGAGUGUGGCCCAGCAUCAACGAGGCGUUAUCACAGAAUGUGGACUCCUUGUGGACAAGCAUGGCCCAUUUAGGGAAUGCCAUAGCAAAAUCAAUCCAGAGAUGUUUUUCCUCGACUGCGUGUAUGACUACUGCACAUCCAGCAGUCAAACAGCUGCAUUGGGCUAUAUCAUCGCUGCUUAUGCAUCUGCCUGCCAAGCUGUGAGAGUGACCAUUUAUAUUUGGAGGAUCCAUAUAGUCUGGAAACUCAUAUGUCCACCAAACAGCCACUACGAGCUCUGUUCCAGAAGCUGUCAACAGACGUGUGACAGUCUCUAUUCUGCUGUGCCUUGCUCCACUUACUGCACAGAAGGGUGUGUCUGUGAUGAAGGCUUUGUGCUCAGUGGUGACCAUUGUGUCCCUCUGCAUCAGUGUGGCUGCACAUACCAGGACCAGUAUUAUCUGAGUGGGCAGACCUUCUACCCAACCAAUAAUUGCAAUAUGGAGUGUACAUGCCAAACUGGUGGAGCUGUUACUUGCUAUGAAUUCUCCUGUGGGCCCAGUGAAGAAUGCAAGACAGUGAAUGGAUUCCAAAAAUGCCAUCCAAUUAGUUCAGCCACUUGCUCAGUUUCUGGUGAUCUUCAUUAUUUCUCCUUCGAUGGGUUCCCCUUUAACUUCCAAGGCACCUGCUCUUAUGUCCUGGCUAAGACUACCAGUGACAGCAAGAGUAAACUGACUCCCUUUACUAUCACAGCAGAAAAUGAGGCCUGGGGGACAGGAAACGUCUCGGUCGUUAAGCAAGUAUCUGUGGAAGUCUAUGGCUUCAAGCUAACUCUGCUGAAGAAGAAAAUGGGACAGGUCCAGGUGAAUGGGGUAUUCCAGUCCCUCCCCAUAGACCUUUUUGAAGGACAUCUCAAAGCCUAUCAACAUGGUACUAAGGUCCUGAUCAAAACCAGCUUUGGCCUGGUUGUGAGCUAUGAUCUAGUUUAUCAUGUGAGAAUCACUGUCCCAAGCAGCUAUCAGAAGCAGAUGCGAGGUCUGUGUGGGAACUACAAUGGACUGAAGGAUGAUGAGUUCAUGCUUCCCAAUGGGAAGAAAACUUCUGAUGUGGCUGCAUUUGGUGCUUCCUGGAAGAUUCAAGUCCCUGGGGCAGUGGGACCCUGUUCAGAUGGAUGCUCUGGGAGAAACUGCCCAAACUGUGCUGAAGAAAAGAAGAAUAUUUUCAAACAACGCAACUACUGUGGGAUCCUCACUGCCUUGGAUGGCCCCUUUCAGGCUUGCCACAGCAAUGUAGACCCCAAUGUGUUUUUCAAUGACUGCAUCUAUGAUUUGUGCCAAAGCAACGGAGACAGCCAGGCCUUGUGCCCAAGCAUUCAGAGCUAUGUGUCUGCCUGCCAAGAGACCAAGAUCCUUAUCCAGCUGUGGAGAAGUCCAUCUUUCUGCCCUCUGAGCUGCCCUCCCAACAGCCACUAUGAGGAGUGUGCUGAUCUUUGUUCUGCUGACUGCUCUGGGCUCAUGAGCCCCAGAAUAUGUCCUGAAACCUGCGCAGAGGGGUGCCAGUGUGAUCUUGGAUACUUCUUUGAUGGGCUGGGCUGCGUCUCAGUGGAGAGCUGUGGAUGCUUUGGAAAUGGAAGCUAUUAUAGGCCCAACGAGCAGGUCCUGCUGAACGAAUGCCACCAGGUCUGCCAGUGCAUCCCUGGACAAGGACUCAUUUGCAGGUCUUACCACUGUUCUUCUGAUGAAGCCUGCAGGGUCCAGGAUGGGAUCGUGAGCUGUAUCAGUAAAGAUCCUUGCAAAAAGUUACGGUGUCGGAUCAAAGAAACAUGUAAACUAGAGAAUGGCAAAGCCUCAUGUGUCCCAACUUACAAGGAGACCUGCUUGGGCUGGGGAGAGCCACACUAUCACACCUUCGAUGGGUUGAAUGUGGACUUCCAAGGCACUUGCACCUACACUUUUGUGAAGUAUUGUGGCAAUGACACCACACUGGUCCCGUUUGUGGUGGAUGAGAAGAAUGAAAACCGGGGCAGUCAGGCUGUUUCUUUUGUGAGGCUAACCAAUAUCUAUGUGUAUGGAUACAGCAUCUCCAUCCGCAGGAAGGACUUUGGCAAAAUCUGGCUGAAUGGUGUCAUCACAAACCUGCCUGUGACCCUGGAGGAUGGGAAAAUCCAGCUUUUCCAGAGUGGUCUGAAUGCUAUCCUGCAAACUGACUUUGGGCUGGUUGUAUCUUUUGACUGGACUUCCAUCCUAAUGAUCACCCUGCCCAGCAGCUAUUAUGGUUCUCUCUGUGGCCUCUGUGGGAAUUUCAAUGAAAACCCAAACGAUGACAUGGUGACACCUGCAGGGGACAAGGCUAAUUCUGUGGUUGAGUGGGCCACAAGCUGGCAAGUAAAGGACCGCGACCCGUUUUGCUGGCACCACUGUAAAGACAUCUGUCCCACUUGUGAGGAGAGCAAACGGGAGCUCUUCGAAAGUGACGAAUUCUGCGGGCUCAUCACCGAGGUGGAUGAGGGUCCCUUCCGUAAAUGCCACUCCAGGUUGAGCCCUGACAACUAUUUUGACAGCUGCAUUUAUGACGUCUGUCUCAAUGGGGGUGCCAAGACCAUCCUGUGCCAAGCUCUAGAUGCCUAUGCAACCAGCUGCCGCAAGGAGGGCGUGAUUGUUGCAGACUGGAGGACGCCAAGUGGCUGUGCUUUGCCCUGUCCUGCAAAUAGCCACUAUGAGUCCUGUGGAAGCGCCUGCCCAAACAGCUGCUCUGACCGACUGGCUUCCUUAUCUUGCGAGAAGCCCUGUGUGGAAACCUGUCAAUGCAAUGAAGGCUACGUGCUCAGUGUGGAUAGAUGUGUCCCCGUGGGGAGUUGUGGCUGUACCUACAAUGGCCUCUACUACAAACCGGACCAGGAAUUCUGGGGUGAUGAGAGCUGCACCUCUCACUGCAAGUGUGACCCCAGGAUGGGCAUGGUGGAGUGCAAGCCAGCUAGCUGCAAGGCGAGCGAAAGAUGCAGAAUAGUCAGCGGCAUCCGAGGUUGUCAUGCCAUCAGCUCUGCCACUUGCACAGUAAUGGGGAAUCAUCACUAUGCCACUUUUGAUGGGCAGAGAUAUGACUUUACUGGCACUUGCAUUUACCAGCUGGUUGGCUUCUGCACCAAUGAUCCUACCCUCACUCCAUUCAUCAUCAAGAUCCAGAACAGCCAAGGCAAGAAGAUGUUGCCAUUCUCUUCUGUCAUCAUCUUGGAAGUCUAUAACAUGACCAUUACAAUCAGCCACAAGCAUCCUCACACAAUCCAGGUUGAUGGAGUAUUAGUGGACUUGCCCUUUUACUAUGAAGACAAGAUUAAGGCCUACCUUAGUGGAAAUCAUGUCCUUAUAAAGACUCAGUUUGAUCUUUCCGUGAUCUUCAGUUGGGACAGACUAGUCCACAUCGUUGUUCCUGGCAGCUAUCUCGAUGCAAUUUGUGGUCUCUGUGGAAAUGGCAGUCAAAAACCUGGUAGAGAUCUGACCAUGAAGAAUGGGAAACAAACAGCCAAUUUUAUCCAGUUUGCUGACAGCUGGAGAGAAGGAGAGAUUCUUGGUUGUGUGAAUGGGUGUACCAGCAACUGCCCAGGCUGUAGUGAAAAUGAGAAACAGAUUUACAAGGCUGACCGCUACUGUGGGAUCCUCUCCAGAAAAGAUGGACCUUUCAGGCAUUGCCACAAAGCCACUGACCCAGCUCCUUACCUUGAUUCUUGUGUCUCUGAUACCUGCCUGUACAAAGGCCACCAGAGCAUCCUAUGCAGUGCCAUCACUGCCUAUGUAACAGUGUGCCAAGGAGAGGGCAUCCAGAUUGACCAAUGGCGGUUGGCCUCUUUUUGCAGCCUUUCCUGCCCCCGCAAUUCUCAUUAUGAACUCUGUGGAAAUGGCUGCCCUGUUACUUGUCAUGGCCUCUCAGCUCCUGAUGGAUGUGAGAUAUCCUGCAAAGAAGGUUGUUACUGCAAUGUUGGGUUUGUCCUGAGUGGAGAUCAGUGUGUCCCAAUAGGGGACUGUGGUUGUCUGUACCAAGGCAGGUAUUAUAAAAAGGGUGAUGAAUUUUACCCCAGUGCCUCUUGCCAAGACAAAUGUCGCUGUGGAGAAAAUGGUGCUGUGGAAUGUCGGAAAGUCUUCUGUGGGGUUCAGCAGCAAUGCAAGAUUGAGAACGGGAAGCAAGGUUGCCACCCUCUUGGCUGUGGCAAAUGCAGUAUGACUGGUGGAAGCCACUAUCUCACUUUGGAUGGAGAGACCUUCAACUUCCUGGGGUCUUGUUCUUACACUUUGGUCAAAGUCUGUGGCAGGGAUCCUGAACUUGUCCAUUUCUCUGUGGUGGUAGAGAACGAGCGCUCUGGGGAAGGCAAAGUUGUGCCAAAAAUGAUUGUCAUCACUGUUCGAGGUUAUGUUGUCAGACUUGUGAGAGGAAUGACCUGGCAAGUUCUGGUCGAUGGGGAGUUCUAUACCCUGCCACUUGGGAUAAAGAGAAAGGCAAUUUUAAUCAAUCAAGAGGGGAAGAAUAUUGUGGUCCAAACUGACUUUGGUCUCAAAGUUCUCUAUGAUUCUUCCCAUUACAUCCUUGUGCUCAUCCCUAGCACAUACCAAGGACAGGUAUGUGGCUUGUGUGGCAACUUCAAUGGGGCAAGGCGAGAUGAAUUCCAACUGCCUGAUGGAAGCAGUACCUCAAAUGUGACCACCUUCGGAGCGUCCUGGAAAGUGCCAGCUGAGCACCUCAGUUGUUCUGAUGACUGCAGGCAGAACUGUCCCUUGUGCAAUGCUAUUGAGACCAGGCCAUAUCAGGUGGAGAGUUCUUGUGGGUUGAUCAGGGCCACCUCAGGCCCUUUUGAAGACUGCCAUCUCCUGGUGAAGCCUGCUGAGUAUUUUAAUCUCUGCCUGUAUGCAGUAUGUGCAGCUCAUGGAGCCAAAGAAGCUCUUUGCCAGAGCCUACAGGCCUAUGUCGCUGCAUGUCAAGCAGCUGGAGCCACUAUCAAGACAUGGAGAACAGCCUCCUUCUGCCCCCUUACUUGCCCAGGCAACAGCCACUACGAGCUAUGUACCAGGUCCUGUGAUCUUACCUGUGCAGGUCUAUCUUCUCCCACUCAGUGUACUAAGAAAUGCUUUGAAGGCUGCCAGUGUAAUGAUGGCUAUGUUUCUGAUGGGGAAAAGUGCACAUCCAUAGAUAAUUGUGGCUGUGUACAUGAUGGGCGCUACAUGAAGGCUGAAGAGACCAUUAACUCCAGGGAUUGUUCAGAAAAAUGCACCUGCCAUACACCAGGCCAGCUUGCCUGCAAUAAAACCAGCUGCCUAAAAGGGGAGGUUUGUGUACUUCAAAAUGGCAGACGCGGUUGUGUCAAGCAGGAAGCUCAAUGCAACCUCACCUCAGAAGCACAGCUGACCACCUUUGAUGGUGUCUCUGGGACAAUACUUUAUGAUGGUGCCUAUGUGAUGGCCUCUCUCUGUGACAAAACAGCCCAGACAUGGUUCCGGCUAGUGGUGGAUCUCAGGGGCUGCAGUGGUGGUGAAAUAAACUCUGGUUCUGCAGUCUACUUCUUCUUCCGAGAGGCUGUUCUUGCUAUCAACCAAGAAAAGGAAGUUUGGGUCAAUGGGCAGCUGGUGGACCUCCCAGUUUCCCUUUCUAAAACUGUGUCUGUAAGUAUCUUGGAAGACGUUGUUACAAUUAGUCAUGGGAAGGCUCUUCAGGUUCUCUUUGGCCUCAAAGGAGAAGUGACCGUGAAGGCCAAAGACAGCUUGGCAGGCAAGCUGUGUGGAUCCUGCAGAAACUUCAAUGGUGACAUCUCUGAUGAUCUUAUGCUACCCAAUGGAAAAGUUGUGGGGGACAUUUCUGAGAUGAUUGAUGCAUGGAAGGCCAGAGACUUCAUCAGCUGGUGAGUUAAUGCUUCAAUCAUUCAUUCUCUAAUUUAGGAGUGCACAGCUGGAAUGCUUUUUCUUGUCCAGAACUGUGUUCCCAUUGAGAUAAUCUGCUGAGAAUACAUGCUAGCAGUGAAUAGAGCCAAAGACAAAGGUCAAAGUGGACAGAGCCAAAUAUGGGUAGAGGCAACUCUCUCUCUCUCUCUGCCAAUCUCUUUCUUUCCCCCCUGCUCUCCCCAUCCAGCAGCCUGUCAGAUUCUUCCUGCAAAAGGCCAGAAGAUAGAGAUGGAGGUGGAGAUUUAUUUGCAAGGGGCUUUUGGAACUUAGCCAGAAUGGAGGCAGUUUUCCCAUCCUUGCUUUAUGCUACCAAUUUAUUUGUGCUUGUAGCGGUAGACCAAUCUUCUCAAUUAGAAAUAGCCAGAAGGCACAGUCUGUCACGCCAGCAUCCCACAAGGAGCCUACAACAAUGCUAAAAAAUGUAAAGCAAUGAGUAGAGCUGUAAUGAGUUCUCCAGCAAACCAGGAGCAUGGGUAAUAUGGUAUAGGAAAUGAGAUACCACCAAUUCAGAUGCAUUGAACUGGAAGUUUCUGGGCUAGGAGGAAAUGAUGUUUAAAUAAGGCUGAAACUACCUUAAAUUCAAAGUGUCAGGCUACCCUUAGGAGGCAUGGAAUCCCUUCCCUCUGAUGGCAUUAAAGCAACCAUCCUUGGUCAAAUCAAUAUGGUUCAAUAUAACACUGAAGUCUAUGGCAAUCUUCACAUUUUCCAAAACCCACCUUAAAUACUUUUCCAGACUUACUUCUCGAUCUGAUUUCCUGAUUUCUCCUGUAAUGCUGCUCUUAGAUCUGUUAAGAAAUUUCCGUGUUUUCUCCCCAGGUUUCCUUUUAAAAUGUAGGAUGUAGGGUGCUAAUUUAGGCCAAGAAGACAUUAGCACCGUUGUCCCAAACAAAUCUGAUUCCUGGUGGUUUUUGUUUUGUUUUAAGAAAUUCUGAUUAUAAACACCAGGGAGCUGAGAUAUUUUUAUUCAGGCUGGCUUUGGGUUUGUAAGCUGCUUAGCUGUUUUCACUGGGUUCUUACCAAUAUCAACCCACCUGAGCAUCACGUUUAGCAGGAAAGCAGCUGGGGCUAUGGAGUCUAUAACAAUCCAACUUACUUUUCUUUCUCUUUUCUAGCAAGCAUUAGUUCAAAAGCUUGAUCCCGACCAUCAGCCUACAUCAGUGACCAUGGCUCACAGCUGCUUUGCAUCAUUUUGCCCUUAAAGAUGGUUUACCUGCAAUGCCUCGAGAAGGCACUGUAAAAACAUACAUACAUGUCAAUAAAAGAUAUGUAUCUAUAUCUACAGAAUUGUCUCUGGAGAAGUCAUUGUGCCCAAGGACACCAUCCUUUGCAGAUUUCUCAGCCUGGAGCUGGAGUCAUGUAAGGCUACUGAUCAUGGAUUUUUUUUUUUUUUAAAUCAUGAUGAAAGAUAAGUCAUGCUGUCUGGUUUACAAGGAACUUCCCAACAAUUGAGAUAAAGGAUUUCCUUUGAACCAGUGUUUUGAUGUCACACAGCUCAGUAAUGAAUAGCCAAUAGCAAAGGAGUCACUUAAAAAAAUAAAUAAAGAAUUGUUGCUCAAGAGACAAUUGAUGAAGUGAAAUUCAAGCUGUGUAAGUGGUUCAGUUUCUGGAACUCCUCUUUUCCUGAAGCUUGUAUAUAUGCGUUGUUUUGAAUUUAUUUUUCCUUUCUCUCACCCACUCCCACAGAAAUCAUUGUGACAACUUUGGGAAGAAAUAAAUCUGGCUGCUAAACUGCUAACAUACUAUCAUUCCACUUUCACUACUCACAGCUUUUAAACAUUACAGAGGAAUGAUGGUUUGGAACUCAGGGAGCUUCCCCUCAUAGUAACCGCUCAGAUUUUUGCAAACCACCAGAUAAAUGGAUCAAGCACACUAGUAAUUUAUUUUAUUUCCCAUUUGUAAGAUAUGGGAAGGAUGGGGAUUUUUGUUACUCCAGCAUUUAUGAUAGUCCAGGGUGGGAAGGUUACUCACUGGAUGAUAGUUGUUACAUUCUGUUAUUGUUCUGCUGAAGUUUGGGCUCUGAUUCACUUUUGGUGUUCUUUGUGUAUUCUCUCUGUUCCUGUUGCCUUUAAACUGCUUUUUGAAGGAUUGGAGAGUGGAAAGUAUCUUCACUCAGAAUUGAGCAUUCUACAGAUAUUGAAUGUUCCCUUUGAUAUUUCCCACUGCAUGUAAGCACAUACGUGACACAGAAAGCACUUUUAAAAGGCAUUCCUCCUAGAUCAGUGUUGUCC